GUCAACGUUUCCGCGUCGAAACGCGCCGAUUCCUACGACCUCUUCUUCCUCGUCCUCGUCCUCUCUCUCUCUCUCUCUCUCUCUCUCUCUAAAACCCUAGCUCUCUCAUCAUCCUCUCUCCAUUAGUGUUUCUCUCUCUCUCUCUCUCUCUCUCUCUCUCUCUCUCUCUCUCUCUAGGGGGGCGAUGCUUCCCAAGUUCGCAGCGCUGCGGAGCAGGGGAAGCUCCGGCGAGAAGGGAAAGCAAUUUAAGAGAUUUGGUUCGGAGCAAAUUCAAACCAAAAAUGAGUUCGUCAGUUCGAAGUCAGAAGGAUCCGAUUUUUCAUCCAAAUCCUCACUGUCUGAUAAAUUAUCUUAUCACUCCUCUCCUGUAUCACCGGCCUUCUACAAUUCACCUAUAGCGACUCGUGCAUUGGAUGAAAGAUCGAGCCAAAGCUCGUUCGGGAAAUAUUCUAAUUAUGAUGGUGGCGAAACACCGACUGCCUCUUCUUCUGCUCUAUCUGAGGACAUCGAUAUUGGCCCUUCUUCAUUACUCUCUUACGAGGACGCUGAAGAACAGUUCUUGGAAGACCACGAAGGUUACUUCUUACACUUGUCGGUGAAUAAUGUGCGAAGGGCCGAAUACCCCAAGCUUGAUCUUCAGAGAAUUAUCUACCUGGAUUAUGCAUCUUCCCCGCUGUACUCGCGAUUUCAGGUGGAACAACACAUGAGGUUCCUACUCGAGGAGACGAAUGCAUUCCUAGGUUCAAUCUAUACCUCUGAAACAUCAAAUCCACAGCAGGAUAAGUAUGUUAAUUCGACAGCCCAAUAUAUUCUCGACCUUCUAAACACAACCCAAACUGAUUACUCGGUGAUCUUCACUCCUUGCCUUUCCGCCUCCUACCACCUCAUUUCCGAGAUCUACCAUUUUCAAAGAGGCUCUGUUCUUCUUGCUAGUCGCGAUAACCAACACGCUAUCCGUUAUGUGAUCAAAUCUGCGAUGCAAUCCAAUGCAAAAGUAGGUGCAGUUCCUCUAAGAAACAAGGACCUACUCAUCCACGAGCAAGAUAUGCACAAGAUAAUACGAAAACAAGGUCAGAACGGCCGCCGAUGCGGGCUUUUGAUAUACCCAGCUCAGUCGUUCUCAUCCGGGAUAUGCCAUCCACUCAGCUGGAUCGUGGGUGCGCAGCAACAUAACUGGGAGGUUCUUUUGGAUGUUUCGAGUUGUCUCCCUGUGGUAAGAGUAGAUCUCUCCUUGUAUCAGCCAGAGUUUGUGAUUGGCUCCACGCACCACAUACUUGGGUACCCUUCAGGUGUUGGCUUCUUGCUAGUGAGAAAAAGUGCUUAUUCCGUAAGCCGUGAGAAGGGAUCGGUGCGAUUGAAAGCAGCAAGAACCUCUGAUGAUGGAGAGAGUGUGCAUGUCGUAAAGGAAGGUGAGAAUGUGAGUACCCAUAUAUUCGCAGCAUUGAGAUUUGGAUUCGAGCAUUUGGAGAGCAUUGGAAUCGAGGCCAUUCAGAAGCGGGGCGAGAGCUUGAUUUCAUGGCUGGUUAAGAGUCUGAAGUCAUUGAAGCACAUGUCGGGCGAGAAGCCCUUAUUGCAGUUAUAUGGAUCGACGGACCGAAAACACAGGGGCUCGAUACUGGCGUUCAAUGUGCUCGAUCCGACCGGAAACAUACUCCCAGCGAGACUCGUUCAGAAGCUAGCGGUGCGGAACAACAUAUUCUUGGGCAUCUGCACUCUAUCUGAUCCCAAUCUGUCCAGCAUCUUGCAUCAGAAACCCGAGAAAAGAGCUGACGGCGCGAAUCUCGAUCCCCCCAGUUCGAAUCUCGAAGCGGUCCGGCUCUCGCUCGGCCCGAUUUCAGCCUUCGAGGAUGCUUACCGGCUGGCUCAGUUCUUGUGCCGGUUUCGGGAUGAAGAGUACAUGGCUAUUGAGGCUGCUGAUUAUGUUGAAGAGCUGCAUAAUAGUUUCUAACUGCUUUUAAAUGUAGGUUCUGUAAAUAGAAAGAUUGUUAGAUUAAAUUGUAAGAAAACUGAAACUUUUUUUAUUUUUUUGUAUGUGUGUAAUUAUAAAUUAUUGCUCAUUGUUUUCAACAAUAGGCUAGGGUUGAUAACAGCUA